AUGUCCGACGCCGGUGACGUGGUCGCCGAACACGCCGGCUCGCUCAAGAGCGACUCGAUGCCCGUCCACCGCACGCUCGAGGUCCCCCUCGAAAAGGUGGCCUCGCUCGCCUCGCCCACGACUCCCAUUGCCCCCGUGACCUUUCGGCGGCAGGGAUCCCUCGAGCUCGACGACUACUUCACGGGCCCGCGAGACAUCUCGAGGCACUCGAAAUGGCCCAUCUUCCUGCAGAUGCACGGCAGCAUCCUGCCCAAGCUGAUCCUGCCGCUCUUCUUCAUCAGCGCCUGGGCCACGCUCAUCACCGUCCUCCACCAAAAGGUGCACGACGUCGGCUUCAACUCGGUCCUCCUCACCAUUCUCGGUUUCGUCGUCGGUCUCAGCCUCUCGUUUCGCCAGUCGACGGCGUACGAGCGCUACACCGAGGGCCGCAAGUACUGGUCGGCCCUCGUCCAGGCCUCGCAGGUGCUCGGCCGCAUCUUUUGGAUCCACGCCGUCGACCGGCCCGACCAGGACGCGCGCGAGCAGAUGCUCAAAAAGAUCAGCUCCAUGAACCUCGUCGUCGCCUUUGCCCUCGCGCUCAAGCACAGCCUGCGCUUCGAGCCCUACACGGCCUACCCGGACCUCGGCCACCUGAUCGGCCACCUCGACACCUUUGCCAAGGCGGCCACGGACGGCAGCCCCGAGGCCGUCGCGAGCCGCAAGCGGCACUUCUUCCGCGACGUCGGCGAGUACCUGGGCAUCUCCUUUGCCGCCAGCAACCCCCGCAAGACGCUCAAGCGGGCGAGCCGACCGCUCGGCAACCUGCCCCUCGAGAUUCUCAACCACAUCGCCGUCACCCUCGACAUGCUCGUUCGGAACGAGCAGCUCAAGGUGCCCAUGCAGCAGACGCUCGCCUACAACAACCUCACGGCCCUCAACGACGCCCUCGUCGGCACCGAGCGCAUCCUCUGCACGCCGCUCCCCAUUGCUUACUCGAUUCUCAUCUCGCAAAUCACCUGGCUCUACGUCAUCCUCCUGCCCUUUCAGCUCGUUCGGCUGCUCGAUUGGAUCACCAUCCCCGCCACGAUCGGUGCUAGUUUCAUCAUCCUCGGCUUGCUCUUCAUCGGCCGCGAGAUCGAGAACCCCUUUGGCCAGGACGUCAACGACCUGCCGCUCGACAACUACUGCGACCAGAUCGCCGCCGACCUGGACAUCAUCGCCUCGUACGACAAGCGCAACGCCGAGUCCUUCCACAUGAGCAGCCAAAACAUACCGCUCUACCCCGUCAGCUCGGCGCCCAUCAGCGUCUGGAUGCAGCGCAGCGAGGACCGGCUGCGGGACGCGCUGAGGAACAAGCCCCACAAGACGUUUGAGAUGCGCAAGGGCUGGAGCAAGGGUAGCGGCCCGAAUAGCACGGCGAACAGCACGGCGAACAGCGUCAACGGAGUUGCCAUGGUCUGA